UGACUGCUAUGGUGCAGGGCAGUGGCUAGUGUUGAGGAAAAUAUUUGCAUUUCCAGAUGGCCUGGUGUUCUUCACUGAGCCAUUUAGUGCAGUGAUUCAACCCUUUUCUGGAUAUAUUUGCGUACCACAACUUCUGAAGAGCUGGAGAGGCUGUCACAUGGCCUUGCCCAAAAUAUUGCGAUUGGCUUUUCUUUUUGCAUCAGGUGACAGCAUGUGGCAAUAGAGCAUCGCCCAUGCUCUUUUAUUCAACUCCAGGGCAGACACAAAUUGCAGUGUCCAAAUGCCCAAAGUGUCCAAAUGUCAAGACUGCACCUGAUGGUCGAUAUUUUUGGACCUGGCAAGGCUUAUGCUGCUUACACCACGGGCUGAGCUGGUAAAUUGAACUGGAAUCAAAAAUGAAUUGGGCGUCUUUUUACGCCGUAAUCAGCGGUGUAAAUAGGCAUUCUACAGGCAUUGGGCGCAUCUGGCUCUCUGUCAUUUUCAUCUUUCGCAUCCUGGUUUUAGUAGUAGCUGCCGAAAGUGUGUGGGGCGAUGAGAAGUCUGGCUUCACCUGCAACACCCAGCAGCCUGGUUGCAAUAGUGUGUGUUAUGACCAGUUCUUCCCAAUCUCCCAUAUCCGUCUUUGGGCCCUGCAACUGAUUCUCGUCUCAACACCUGCACUGCUGGUAGCUAUGCAUGUUGCUCAUCGCCGGCAUAUUGACAAAAAGAUCCUAAAAUUAUCAGGCCGAGGUGCCACUAAGGAGUUUGAACAAUUAAAGAAUCAGAAAUUCAAGAUUACCGGCGCACUUUGGUGGACAUAUAUGAUAAGCAUAAUUUUUCGCAUAAUUUUUGAGGUGGCCUUUUUGUACAUAUUUUAUGUGAUCUACCCUGAUUUCAAAAUGGUGCGUCUUGUAAAGUGUGAUUCUUAUCCCUGCCCUAACACAGUGGACUGCUUUGUUUCUCGUCCAACAGAGAAGACCAUCUUUACUGUCUUCAUGCUGGUGGUAUCUGGGGUUUGUGUUUUGCUAAACAUUGCAGAGGUGCUGUAUUUAAUAGGUAGAGCAUGUUCCCGCUACUUCCAGAAACCAGAAGGAGAUCCACAAGGACCCUGGCUCACUCAAAUGCUGUCUCCUUACAAGCAAAAUGAAAUCAAUCAGCUCAUAUCAGAGCAUUCAUUUAAGCCCAGAUUGAAUUUGGCCAGAAAGAGCCCUACUGACAAAGGGGAGAGAUGUUCUGCCUUUUAGCUGCUACCUUCUGGGAUGUUUUACUAAUCAUUGGUAACUAACUUGGAGUUUUAGUAAUCAUGACCAGUGACAUCUGUAUUCAUUUACUGGGUUAAUGUUAAAUUAUUCAAAAAUGUUGCAUUUUUGCACUUUUCAAAGAGAAGUAAUAAAAAAUGGAAAUGGCAAUGGGCCUGGAUAUAUUGGAUAUCUGGAUAUAUUGUCCAAAACCUUAGUCUAUGUAUGUUGGGGUUCAGGCAACAGAAGUGGAAAAUGGCUAAUAUUGAUUCAAUUUGUUGUCUUACAGUAUAUAUAUUUUUAUUUUUCCGUUGGAAGACUCCAUAAUAUGUAAUAGUUUAAUAUGUAAAAAGCCUCCAUACAUAUUUAACGUUAUGUUAAAAGCUUGAAAUAUUAUGAAAAUAAAUAGCAAUCCAGGCCAGGUGACAUUUUCAAAAUAAUAAUUGGUAUAUAUGUUUAAUGUAAAGUUAUAUUGGUUAAACUACAAGGCUAUUGUGUUUGUUCAGUGUUUGUCUAAAGUAACUUGAUAUUCAGAGAUUUUCUAUUUUUUAGAUUAACCUCCUGGGUCAACAGAACAUAUAUUUUAAUGAGAUCUUGUUUAGAAUCUCGCCUUUAUUGCAGUCAAAUAAAUAAAAGAUAUUAAUUCUUGUUAAUAUCUACUUGUUCAUCAUUACAUUUUUUCCCAAUUUAAUACAUUUUAUGGCAUGCCCAUUGUACACAUGAGAAUCAAGCUUGAAGUGGGCAAGGAAUAGUACUGCUAUGGUUGUUAUUUUUAUUGUUACAGUACAUUCAGGGUUCUAUCAACUGUUCUAUGGUAGGAGAGUCCCUAAUGGUAUAUUUAGCCAUGGCAUAGCUAGAUAAAUCACAUUAUUGAUGUUUUAUUGGCUGGCUACCCUGUUACUUGAAAUAAGAAGCAAGUGGUAUCUGAUAGUUUACAUAAGAGAGUGUGCCGUAUACAGUGUGUAUAUGGUUCUCAAUUAAGGAUAUGGAGUAGACAUGGGGAUAGGUUUUUGCUCUGUGUGAAGGAACACCAUCGAUGUAUGCAUACAGAAUCUCUUCUAACUGAAAUUUAUUCAUUGAAAAGGUGAGUCACAUUCUAUACUCUGUUAAUUUUCAAACUUAAAACACAUGUAAACAAAUACCCCAGUCACUCACAGUCAUGCGAAAAUAUACUGGUAUAUUCAAUUUAUAUACAAUAUAUAUACAAUUUAUUAGUAUAUGUAAUAUUGUAUGUAUAGUACAUGUAGCAUGCAGCUACAGUGUCUGUGCAAAUGGUAAAUUAUUUGUUUAGGGAAGCUAGAAUAUUUUUAAAUGUGAUUGUGAAGAGGAUUGUCUAGCCUUCUGUAAUUAAUAAGACAUACACAGAAACAACUUUCAAAUUGUUAUUGCUGAUAUGACUGUAUAGAAUACAGUGGCUAUACAAAAGUGUACACACCCCUGUUAAAAUGG